GAGAGAGAGAGAGGGAGAGAGGGAGCGCGCACAAGCAUCAAGUCCCCACCAGCAGAUCCCACCAUCGUUCUACUGGAAGCUUCCCCAGUGCCGCUGGAAAAGAGACCAUAAAGCCGCAUAAAAAUGGACGGAACAAAGCCGGCCUUGGAGUCCAACGCGGAGGAGCCUCAAGAAGAAGGACAGGAGAGCAAAGGAUGCUUUGAGUGCUGCAUCAAGUGUCUGGGCGGGGUGCCCUACGCCUCCCUGGUGGCCACCAUUCUCUGCUUCUCCGGCGUGGCCCUGUUCUGUGGCUGCGGCCAUGUGGCGCUGACGGGCACGCUGACCAUGUUGGAGAACCACUUCUCCAGGAUCACCACCGACCACGCCACCCUCACCAUGGUGAUUCAGAUCUUCCAGUACAUCAUCUAUGGCAUCGCCUCCUUCUUCUUUGUCUAUGCCAUCGUCCUGCUGGCCGAGGGCUUCUAUACCACCAGCGCCAUCAAGAAGGAGCUUCAGAGCGACUUCAAGACCACCGUGUGCGGACGCUGCAUCACUGCCUUCUUCAUGUUUCUGACCUACAUCCUCGCCCUGGCCUUCCUCGCCAUUUUCGGCUUCACUGCCAUCCCGGUGUUCCUUUUUUUCAACAUGUGGAACACCUGUGCUGCCAUGAGGUCCCCGGACUCCAACAUCACCUUACCGGACUCCAUCUGCGUGGACGUCAGGCAGUAUGGUAUCAUUCCGUGGAACGCCACCCCGGGCAAAGCUUGUGGCGCCACUUUGGGUGACAUUUGCAACACGAGCGAGUUCUACCUGUCUUACCACCUCUACAUUGUGGCGUUUGCCGGUGCCGGAGCUACUGUCAUUGCACUGAUUCACUAUCUGAUGAUCCUGUCAGCCAACUGGGCAUACCUAAAGAGCGCCGUCUCUACGCACGACUACCAGGACAUCAAGACUAAGGACGACCAGGACCUGGAGGCGGAGGCGCGCUCCAAGGAGGGCCAGAACUCGUCAUCCUACUCAUAAGGAUGAGCGACACCGCUCCGAGCACCGACCACACCCCCCCUCACACCGCCAACCGACCCCACCACACCCAGCCCCUUCUGUAAAAAAAUAAAAAUAAAUAAAACAAAAAAAAAACAACCGACCCCCCCCCUCCUCCCCCCAGGUUAUAUUCGAUAGUGCCGCAGACUCCUGAGUCUCUCUACUCUUCCCUUCCGCCAUGUUGGAUAGCGUGGGCGUGUGUUCCCACCAGAAGGGAACAGGAUAGAGGAUCAGGAAUAAACGGCAGCCCCCCCCGGCCCCAAAGAAGUUUCAGAACGGGCCGAGCUUGCCUGCCGGGGUCGGAGCUCACGUACGGUUUAUCGGCUCCCGAAAGCGUCUAGGAGUUGCCGGGCUGCGGUCCAGGCCGCGAUGGCCUCGUCCUGCCUCUUGACACACGGCUCGCCGCGGCCUAAGUGAACAUUGUUUACUGUCGGCGCCCUCCAACGGGAACCCAGACAGCGACCAACUUCCUCCGUUUUUUUUGAUGUUUUAUAUGCAUAUAUAUAUAUAUGAAUAUGAAUAUACUGUGUGAAUGUGCGUGAAUGUUGUUGUUUUUUAAUACACUCUGAAAAGUAUGCCAGGUAUUAUUAAGCUCUUUCAUUUUAUGUUUUCUGGCGUUCAUUUGAUCUUCCUUUGACUCUUUAUUCCUGCUGUUUAAAACAUUGUUGCUGUUCAGACGACUCCCUUAACGAGUCAACCACCCACAAACACACAUUCAUGUUUCUCAAGGAAGUGUAGAGAGCACAAUUUGACAUUUUGGGAAACGCUUACUUGUGCUCACAUUUCUUGACUUUCCCCCCGCAAAGUUCUCUUGGCAUAAAAAAAAAAAAGAAAAAUGUUGGAGCCUUUUAAAAAUCUGUGCAUUCAAAAAACAACUAUUCAGUUGUAUCAAUACUUCUAAUUAAAGAAAAGCUAAGCACAAAACUUAAAAAACUACAAUUGGAACAGCUUUGUUUACUAUUUUUUAGUCUGUAUGCUGGCUUGUGGAGUGUGCUAAUCAUUAUUGGUGCUAAAAAAAAAAAUGUAUUCACAUCUGAAUCGUGUUUAUAUUUAUUCCGGUUUUAAUUAAUUAAUCAUUUUCAACAGUAUUGUUUUGUGUAAGAAUCCAUCUUUAAAAAUGCUUGUUUUAGGUCAUCCUUGUCUAUACAACAUCAUACGUCCCCAGCCAAAAGUAACUUUUGUAAGCUGUUUUUAAAAGGUUUCAUUAUUAUUUAACACCAAAAAGUAUUCUGCAAGAAUCGGUUUGAAUCGAUAAUCAAUUCUGAAUCGAAUCGUCACCCCAAGCAUUGCAGCCCAACAGAGUCAUGAGUUGUUGUGUAAUAUUCCCAUCCCUACUGAGAAUGAAUACAUCCCUAAAAUGGAAAAUAUCUGCUAAAACUUGAGAGUUGGAGAUUCCGUUGCCUCAAAACAUAAUAAUAGUGUAUGUUUGCAACUCCAGAUCAUUUUUACUGAAUGAAAGUGUGGGCGAAAUGGCUAUUUAACAGUGUCUAAAAUGGUGUUUCUUAACCAUUGUUGGGCCGCCAAAAAAUAUGGGUUUCUCAGCCAUGGGCCGCAGUACACUUUCCCACCAGUUGUGGCAGUAAUGACAAUAUCAAACAGUCUGGAGCGGAAGUUAGAGAAUAUCUCAAGUGCAAAAAUUAUGACUAAAGUGGCGAAGCUGUAUUUUCGUUUGUUUUGUUUCAUUUUUUUUUCACAUUUUAUUGAUUUUAGCACGACAUAAUUAUAUAUCAAUUUAUUUUUCAUCAGUUUAUUUUUGAGUCCCUGGCAGUAUAUUUGGUUAGUAGUAGAGAUGUCCGAUAAUAUCGGCCUGCCGAUAUUAUCGGCCGAUAUAUGCGUUAAAAUGUAAUAUCCGAAAUUAUCGGUAUCGUUUUUUUUAUUAUCGGUAUCGUUUUGUUUUUUGUUUGUUUGUUUUUUGUUUUUUUUAUUAAAUCAACAUAAAAAACACAAGAUACACUUACAAUUAGUGCACCAACCCAAAAAACCUCCCUCCCCCAUUCACACUCAUUCACACAAAAGGGUUGUUUCUUUCUGUUAUUAAUAUUCUGGUUCCUACAUUAUAUAUCAAUAUAUAUCAAUACAGUCUGCAAGGGAUACAGUCCGUAAGCACACAUGAUUGUGCGGGCUGUUGGUCCACUAAUAGUACUAACCUUUAACAGUUAAUUUUACUAAUUUUCAUUGAUUACUAGUUUCUAUGUAACUGUUUUUAUAUUGUUGUACUUUCUUUUUUAUUCAAGAAAAUGUUUUUAAUUCAUUUAUCUUACUUUACUAAAAAUUUUUAAAAAGUACCUUAUGUUCACCAUACCUGGUUGUCCAAAUUAGGCAUAAUAAUGUGUUAAUUCCACGACUGCAUAUAUCGGUUGAUAUCGGUAUCGGUUGAUAUCGGUAUCGGUAAUUAAAGAGUUGGCCAAUAUCGGAAUAUCGGAUAUCGGCAAAAAGCCAUUAUCGGACAUCCCUAGUUAGUAGUUAUUUUUCCAAUCAGCCUGACCUAAUCCUAAGGUUUAUGUGUUAAAUAAAUAAUAAUCUCUGUAAUUAAUGAAAACAAUUAUUGAAUAUGAUUAAAAUUAAGAGUAAGAUUAAUAAUUCAGUGGUAAUAUUUGAAGGCCCGGGCCCCUAUGUAGUGGAAAAGUUUGGCCCUGACCUCGAAACGGUUAAAAACCCCUGCUCUAGAACAAUAGCAGAAUUUCUGUAAUACUUCAUAAUCCACGCAAGUAAACGUUUCCCAACAAUAACUUUUCUUUCGCCAGCAAACCCGACACCUCAGGUAUCAAAUCAAAUUGUUGUGUCUUUUUUUGCAUUUUAAGCACUUACCCGAAUCACAUUGCUACGCAUGAAAGGUCAUUUUGUGAAAUGCAACGCAUCACCUGUAAAUAGUUGUAACCCCCCGAAAAGACCCCAAAUUGACGCCGUGAGAACACAAUCAGUGUUACGACACGCUAUUCAAUAUUUUGGAUUGCUCCUUUUUCGCGUUUGCUAUAACAAUUGUCACGUAACACUCCAAAUGAUAUGUGGUGAGAGGGCUGCAGUGUAGUUAUGACGACAUGGAUUGAGGUGCUUGUAAUGUAUGCAUUUAAAAAUGUGAGAGAAUUAAUUUUCAAUCAAUUGUGAUGAUGUUUUUGUUUGGGGUUUUUUUUGGACGGCCAGCCAAAAUAGUGACUUUUUAACGCACUUCUUAAUGUUUUUGUUUUUUUUCAUUCUCUCUCAGAUGAGCCACAUAGACUGUUUCUGGAUGUUUACACUCUGAACUCAACACGUCAGGAAUUUCCUACAUUAAUUUUAUAAUCCUUUAAGGUUUCAUAUCCCAUAAUGUAUAUUGUAUAAUUGAUGAUCACUGCUUAGUCAACCCGAGAAGAAAAAAGAAAGAAAAAAACAGACAAUUUCUGAUGAGAUGAAGCAUGUCAGUAUUGUGUGCAGCUGUCUAUUCUGUAUAAAAAUGACUUUAUCGCCAUGUGUGUUAUUGUUUGAUAAAUAUACGUGCUCUGCCGCCACGUGGAUGUAAAAGGCAAACUUCAAUUUCCUGUGAGACGAUGCGUGUCAGGUUGUUGCUGUUUCCUUGUUAAUUGCAUGAAAGAGACAUUACUGUCUUUGCAGUUUUUUCAGGUGAUGUGUAGUCAAUUGUAUGACAACUUUGGUAGGCGGUGUUUUGCCCCCCUUCCUUUGCACCCCCGCCCCUUUUCUAAAAAAAAAAAAAUUUCCAUUGUACUUUGAUGGCAUUGUAGUCUCUGUAGGUGUUUCCUUAUGCUUUUUAUUUUUAGUUGGAAAUAGAUUUACGACUCCUGCAUAGUGAUGAUUUUUGUAACCUUCUCUAGUAAAACCGGUAUUUUUUAUUAUCGUGA